UUGAUUAUAAUUUAUACACUGGUACUUUCUUCAAUUACUUUAUUCCACAAAUAAACAAACCGAUCGGCCAUGUUGUACGAUGACAAACCAUUUACAAAUAAUUAACUUUCGUUUUCAUUCAUCAAAAUGUAAACAAAAACAAGAGGUUCUCACAUGGCCUGUAAAAACGAUAUUAUUAAUUCUAUUUUAUUUAUUUGAAAUAUUUAUGCAACUUUAUUAUUAUAAUGUAGUUUUGGAGGUAAGUUAGCCUGACCUUUAUAUUGUAUUAGAAAAAUAUUUGUGAAACUCAUGAAGCGUGAAAUGACAUGAAUGAAAGUGCAUAUAAAAGUAACUCGCUAUGGUGUACUGAUGUGCUCAAAAUUAAUGGAAUUUAAUGUGGAUAUAUUAUUUAUGGAAUUAAUUUAAAUUGUUGUGUCAUUGUAUUUAUUAAUUUGAAAAUAUUCAUUUCUUGGAUAACUUGUGGUGAUAACUUGUUAUGAACAUAUUGCUUGAAAUUUAGGAAAUAUUGUAGUGGCAACAGUAAUUUUUACCCCACCAGGAUGGCUAAUAAAAGAAAUAAGAAAGGGAAAAGACAAGUGUUUAAUAAGGCCACUGGAAUUCAUAGCUUGAAUUAUAAAAGGAAAAUUGUGAUGAAAGAUGAAAAGUUGAAAAAUAAGCUGAGGAAUCUUAAACAUGUGGAGCCAUUCUAUAUUAGGCAGAAAAAACAAGGUUUGAAAUAUAUACUAAGUAAAAUAAUUAUUCAGAAAGCCAGAAAAUUUAAAUGUUUGCUUGACAAAGAAAAAGAAAGACUUUAUAUAACAUCAUUAAAAGAUAAUUUAGAAGGUAAUAGAGUUAUGAACAUGCAUAAACUGAAAGAUCACAUUUUACAAAUAUCUUCACAUGCCGCUCUUUGUACUGAAGCUCAUAUGAAAGCCCUUUCAAAUGACAAUGUAAUUGUCCUUGAAAGUGAAAAAAGGAAUGGUUUCUAUACCAUCAUCACCUGUAAAUGCCAAGGAUGUGGUAAGACCUUUGAACUUGAAAACAGUGAGAAGUUUGGUUCGACAAAUAUGGUGGAUAUAAAUGUACGUUCAGUUUGGGGUAGCAUGGUAACAGGAGGAGGUUGUUCUUCCCUCAAUGAAUGUUUUGGAACUAUAGGUGUUCCAGGCAUUACAGAAAAAAAGUACUCGUCAAUUGAGACAGAGAUUGGGCGUAUGUGGAAGUCCCUUCUUGAUGAAGAACUUGUGAAAGCAGGUCAGGAAGAACGUGCAUUGGCAGAGGAAAAUGACGAAUAUUUUCAAGGUAUUCCAGCAAUAACUGUCAUAUGUGAUGGAGGGUGGAGUAAACGUACUCACAAACACAGCUACAAUGCCAUGGCUGGAGUUGCUGUCAUCUUUGGUGCAAGAACAAAGAAACUUCUUCAUCUAGGUAUAAGAAAUAAAAUUUGUUAUAUAUGUAGCCGUGCUGAAACUGCAAAUGAAGAACCAGUACAGCAUGAGUGUUUUAAAAACUGGACUGAAUCUUCCCAGGCAAUGGAAAGUGACAUCAUUUUAGAUGGAUUUUUGAAUUGUGAAAGACAACAUGGUGUAAGAUACAUGCAUGUAAUAGCUGAUGGGGACAGUUCCGUCUAUGCAAAUAUAAUAAAGAAUGUACCCGUUUGGGGGCAAUAUGUAGAAAAAAUUGAAUGUGCUAACCAUGCCACUAAAUGCCUUAGAUCCAAUUUAGAACGCUUAAUAUGUGAGAAGCCCCAUUAUAAAGGAAAAGGUAAACUGACAAGAAAUAACAUUAGAAGAAUUUGUUCUGGUGUAAGAUGUGCUAUAGUAAUGCGAAGUGCCGAAACCAAUAAAAUGACAGCAAUUAAAAAACUUAAACAGGAUAUAAGAAAUGCCGGGAGACAUGUCCUUGGCUUACAUGAUUUAUGUUCUACAGAUUUUUGUAAAAAUAAGGAAAAUAAUUCAGACAUAACAAAAUCAGAUGAUAACAAAACGGAAAAUACCAAUAUUGAUGAAGAAGAUAUUAUAAUUAGCCAAUGCGAGUACUGGACUGAUUCGGUAAAAAAUUAUUCUGAAACUGAAAUUGAAAUGUUACGAAAGGGCGGUAAGACAAUAGCUAAGAAAAAUUCUAAUAUUGAAGAGUUGUUAAGAGACAUUUUUCUAUUCUUGAAUCGUCUAUCGGAAAAGGCAAACCGACUGAUUGGUAACUUUACGAGUAAUUUAGCUGAGUCGUGGAUGAGUAUAAAAUGUAAAUUUGAAGGGGGUAAAAUGUUCAACAAAUGCUUCCGUGGUUCAUUUUACGCAAGAUGUUAUGGUGGAGCAUUAAGGUCUUUGCUAGGUCCAGCAUGGUCACCACAAGUUUACAAUAAGCUUACAGAUAAACGCCCAGAUAGAGUUUUUAUUAGUACUUAUAGACAAAGGUCUGUACGCUACAGAUGUACUAAACGUGCCAAAGGUAGUGAAAUAAACAGGAACAAAAGGAAAUUGAAGAAAAUGAAAUCAUCUCUUGAAAGCACCAGUAAGAAAGCAAGAAAAGAAUACGGCGAUACUGUGCUGCAAGAUACAGCCGAUAUCAGUCCAUCACAAUUAAAAAAGGAAUGUGAUAUCUUUUAUAAAUCCAGCAUAUCUACAUGCAAUAGUAAAUUAAUUGAACAGCAUACACGUGGUCAAUCAAGUAACCUUAACUGGUUUGCUGAAAGAAAGAAAAGACUCACAAGUUCCGUAUUUGGAGAAGUGAUAUCAAGAUCGCAAAAUAAUAACAGUCCCAAUUUAGUGAAAAGGCUUCUCUAUUCCAAUUUUAAAGGUAACAUGUAUACUUUGAAAGGCUUAAGUGAAGAGGAUAAUGCAAGAAUGGAAUACAUUAAUUUGAAAGAAAAAGAUGAAAAUAUUAAAUACAAAAUUGAUAUUCCUGGUUUAAUUGUUGACAAAGAUAAUCCUUUUUUAGCAGCCUCAAGCGAUGGUGUAGUGGUUGGAUCCAAAGGUCCUGAAGGUCUCAUUGAAAUUAAGACUUUAUUACAAAACAGAAAAACAAUGAUCAAAGAAUCUGCAGAAAAUGAUAAAGCGUUUUGUUUGUCAGUGCAAAAUGGCAUUAUUCAACUGAAAAAAAAUCAUAAAUAUUUUUACCAAAUACAAGGUCAGAUGAAUAUUAUGAAUUACAAAUGGUGUGAUCUAAUAAUUAGAAGAAUAAAUCCACAUGAUAUGUUUAUUCAACGCAUAUACUGUGAUACAGAAUUAUGGAAAAAAGUUAUGAUUCCCAAAUUAAAGGCUUUCUAUUUCACCCACAUGCUACCUGAAUUAGCAGUUCCAAGACAUGGUACUCUAUCUGGAAUAAGAAAACCUGAAUUGCCAUGGUUUUGUGGUACGUCUUGCAAGAGAUCAGAGAAAAAAACCUCUAAGAGAAGUGAAGGUGACAAAUUGGACCAAAAAGACUUGCAUACUCAGAUUAAGACAGACAAAGAUAUUUACAUUGCAACCCCAUUAAUACCAACACCAACACAAUCAAGUAAAAGAUCAACACGUUUGAGAAAAUUAAAAUUCCUUGGGAGGAGAAUCAACCACCAGUGGACAGAAUCAGACGGCUCUCUGAAUUGGUACAAAGGCACCGUGCUUUCUGUUUCUUCUGGAAAAGACGGAAAUCCUGAUGCAGUAUAUGAGGUGCUAUAUGAAGGCGAAGACGCGUCAUAUGAAGUAGAUUCUUUGAUCAAAGACUAUAAUGAAGGCACCUUAACUUUCAUAGAUUUGUAAUGGUAAUGGAGAUUCAGUGUCACUAAAAUAGAUGUUACUUUAAAAGUUUUCAUUCAUCAUAUCACAUAUUUAUCAUUGGAAGGAACUUUAUUUUGACAUACAAGUUACAUGUGCUGCAAACUGAUUCAGGUAA